CACAGGGUGCUGCCGGUCUACACCCCAGUGAAAUCCCCCGUGCUAACUGGUUUCGUGUCCAGCAAAUUCCCGAGUUCUUCCUAGCAGCAAUAAUGCGAGAUGCAGUGGCGCCAAUGUUGGGGGCUGUCCUUCUGACCUGUUACAGUUUGCAUGCGGCUCUGGCCCUCUCCGACGAGACGCCGCUGAAAUCAAGCAACGACAAUCCACAGAUCGAGGACGAGAUGUCGAAGCGAGACUGGAACAAGGACCUCCACAUUUGGGGUAAGCGUGGCUGGAAUAACCUCCACGAAGGCUGGGGUCGUAAACGUAGCGUUCCGGCUUGGGAAGAGCAGCAGGAGAAGCGCGCUUGGCAGAGUCUGCAGAGCGGCUGGGGCAAACGUUUUGCUCCCGAGGACGAAUACGCCAUCAGACAACUUGCUGCCAUGCUGGAUUCACAAUACGACGAUUAUAAUCCCGAGAUCGAGACGAACGACGAUGAAAAAAGAAAUUGGGGCCAGUUUCAUGGAGGUUGGGGCAAGAGGAGCAAAUGGGAUAAUUUUAGGGGAUCGUGGGGCAAACGCGAGCCGGCCUGGUCAAACCUUAAAGGCAUCUGGGGAAAAAGAAGCGGCGAGAAAUAAAUGUCGUAGAAUAGAAAUAUCUCAACAUCCAAAUAUUUAUUUAUUUUAAGGAUUUAUUGUUGGGUGAUACUUAUAAUCAUUGUACUGUAUUAUAAUGUUACUAUUAUUAAGAAUUCAAAUGCGUUGAGUAUUUUUGGGAACAUUUGUAAUUAUACCUAACUAUUAUGUAAUGACACUGUAAUUAUUUAUGUGAGGAAAAUAAAUCUGUAUCUAAGCAUU